CUGUCUUCUGUCGCCGGGUUUUUACUACGCCGGCAGCGGACCGUUAUUUGUACGGCCUUUAUCGCCACAUUCCCUGCUGGCCGGUUUCGUCAAUAUCCGCCGGCCUUCGAUUGUUUAUCCGCGCUCCCGUCGAAGGAAAACAUGCUCUCAAUCAAACAAGCUACUGAAUCAAAGAGGAUUCUCCUAUCUCCCCUUUUCCUCCUCAACGCUUCUCGCAUCUCUUCUUGUGCUGCUUCUUCUUCUUCUUCCUCUCCUGCUGAAAAUCGCACAUCUCAGCAUCAUCCCCGCUUCCCCAAUUUUUGCUCGGUCUCUUACCAUUCGACCGCCGCUCUCCCCGUUCAAGAAGGUCUCUCCAGUUUUACCAUCAACGCCAAAGACGUCGCCUUCUCCUUCACAGAAUGGUUCAAGAGCGGGAAAGAUGCUUUCCUGGAUCGUGUUUUCGAGAUUCUCAAGGUUCAGGGUAAGGAAGAUGAAUUGGCUGUAGCUUUUGCCCAAUUGGGUCUUCGACUCUCGGAGGCGCUGGUGUUGAAAGUGCUGGAUUACGGCAAGUCCAAGUACGAUGUCUUGACUUGCAUCAAGUUCUUCGAUUGGGCUGGUCACCAGCAUGGGUUUUACCACACUCGUGCCACUUACCAUGCCCUCUUCAAGAUCCUUUCCAAGUCGAGAAAUAUGUCUACAAUGUUCGAUUUCCUUGGUGUGUACAGCAGAGACCGCCUGUUCCUUAAACAGACCGCGUUUCAGUCCAUUUUGGUGAUGGGUUACGCCGUGGCAGGGAAGCCCCAGAUUGCACUCCAACUGUUUGGUAGAAUGCGGUUUCAAGGGCUGGACUUGGAUGCAUUCACUUACCAUAUCCUUCUCAAUUCCUUAGUGGAGGAAGGCAGUUUUGAUUCUGUUAACGCAAUUGCUGAGCAGAUUUCAGCUCAGGGUUAUGAAAGAGAUGUCACUCACACGAUAGUCGUGAAGAGCCUGUGCAAGCAGAACAUGCUUGAUAAUGCUGAGGCUUAUCUGCGUCAGAAGCUUCUUGAAGACGAUGGACAUGCUUUAAGUGUUCUGGUCGACGCCCUUUGCCGUAAUACGCGUUUUGACAAGGCAGGAGAAUUGCUGGAGGAGUUCAAAGAACUGGGGGUUAGGCCAAUGGAGCCAGCUUAUGGUAUCUGGCUCAGGGAUCUUGUUGAAGCUGGUAAUGUUGAUGGCGCUCUGGAGUUCCUGCGAAAUAAGAAGUCACUAGAAGGGUAUGUUCCCGAGAUUUUUCGGUAUAAUUAUCUGCUGGAUAGACUGUUAAAGGAAAACAGGCUUGGUGAGGCAUACGAUUUGUUGACAGAAAUGAUGGAGGAUGGGAUUUCACCAGAUAGGUUUACUUUGAGCGCUGCAUUGUGCUUCUUCUGUAAAGCUGGAAUGGUGGGUGUUGCUCUUGAACUGUAUAAUUCCAGGUCAGAUCUUCCAUUCUCGCCCAAUAGCAUGGUAUAUAAUUAUCUCAUCAAUUCUUUGUGUGGGGAUGGGAAGGUCGAUGAUGCAUAUCAUGUCCUGAGAAAUUGGACACAAAACGGUUCGACUCCUGGGAGGCAAACGUUCUACACACUUGCUGACACUUUAUACAGGGAAGGGAAGCUUGAUAAGAUGAAGAAGCUAGUUGUGAUGGCUUUGGAGCGGAAUUUCACAACGAGUAUAUGUGAGAAGUUUAUAUCAGCUAUGUGUCGAGCUGAAAAGGUGGAAGAAGGUUACUUGAUACAUGGUGAACUCAACAGGAUGAACAAAGUUAUUAAGGGAAGUACAUACUCUAAGCUAAUUUCUGGAUUCAGUAAAUCGAAUAGAGGAGAUAUUGCUGCAAGACUUCUGAUUGAAAUGCAGGAGAAAGGGCUCAAACCGAGUAAAAAUGUGUUCAGAAAUGUUAUUUGCUGUCUAUGCAAUCUUGAAAAUGCAGAACAACAAGUUCUAAAGCUGCUAGAAAUGCAAGCAUCUCUUCAUGAACUGAGCUGUGAUAUUUAUAACUUGUUCAUUGAUGGGGCAGGGCAUGCUCAGAGGCCCGAGCUAGCCAAGAAGUUAUAUGAGAUGAUGCUGAGAAAUGGUAUUCAGCCUAAUCUUGCCUCUGAGGUUCUUUUGCUUAGGAGUUAUCUAAAGAAUGCUAGGAUUCAUGAUGCUGUAAGCUUCUUUGAUGCUAUAGGUCGAAGAAGGAGUGUCGGGAGAGUGUUGUACUGCACCAUGGUAGUUAAUCUGGCUAAUUUGGAUAAAGUCAAUCUUGCAUAUAGUUAUUUUAAGGAAAUGCGGACUGCUAAUGAACUGCGGCCUUUUGGAAUUAUUCCUAGCAUUGAAUGCUAUGAGGUACUUGUACAGCAGCUCUGCGACUCUGCAAAGUAUGAUUUGGCAGUGAAACUUGUGUAUGACUAUGAGAGAGUCGGGCGCCGUGUCACUUCUUUCAUGGGCAAUGUGCUUUUGUUUCAUUCCCUUAAGGGCACAGGGCUCCAUCAGGCUUGGGAUAGUUUUAGAUUGACAGAGGUGAAAGAUGGCGAGAUCAGUGAGAUGUCAUCAAACGAGAAGCUUUCACUGUUUUGCCAGCUGGUUGGUGCAUUUUCUGGUUGUGUCAAGGUCGGAGAGGAAAUUGAGGACUUGGAAGAAUUGAUUGCACAAUGCUUCCCCUUGAAUAUUUACACCUACAACUUGUUGUUGAGAAGGCUUUGCAUGAUUGAUAUGGAGAGAGCCUGCCAGUUCCUGGAAAAGAUCCUCCAGAAGGGAUAUGAACCCAAUCGAUGGACUUAUGACAUUGUAGUGCAUGGUUUUCUGAAGAUAGGGGAUACUGAUAAAGCAAGAGUAUGGUUGGUGGAGAUGUUGGAGAAAGGAUUUGAUCUCACCGAGAGUACUUGCCAACUGAUGAGCAGCGAAGCAGGAAUGAACAGCAGAAACUUCAUUAUUGGUGCAUCGUUGCUGGGGGCAAAUCGUUCCUUUCCGUCUUCCAAUUGCAGAGGAGAAGAACUGCACCGGUUUCCAAGUGCAGAGGAGAAGAACUGCAGCAUAACAUUAUCCGAAACUGCGCGCUCUGAAAGAAAGACAGAUGUUGGUGCCGUUUAUGAUUCAAGCCAUGGAGGAAAGGGAACCCAAGCUAGAGAUGCCAGCAGGCUCGUGAUGCUUCGAACAUACUCUGGAUCUCAUACAGCUCCAAAUGGGACUUCAGAGCCAGACUGAGGGUGUUCUCUUUCGCAGAGCGCAAACCAUAGUAAGUGGCUGAUUCUCCAGGCAAUUCGAAAUUUAACUAGCUGAUUGUGUGAACAAGGGCGCUGGGAUGCGAACAACCAGUCCUGACGCUAAGGAACACAUCUGUGGUUUAAGAACACUAGUCAAUGACAAGUGAUGCAAUGUCCUGUGGACGACAUUUUAGAUAGUGAGAAGAGAAUUUGGAGAAGUUAAGGAGGUCUCUCAAAUGAUGCAACUGAGGUAGAGUUGAUUUGGUUUCAAACUUUAUCCUGGAACUUGAUUUUGUACAUCAACUCUACGAGAAUAAAAAUAUACCGCACACUUAAUACCAGAGGAGACUCUGGGUGGCAAAGAAAGAAAUUAACAACAUGACGCUGGUCGUCAAAUUCGCACUCAAUGAAGAGAUAUUGAGCUUAAAUCAAUGUCCAUUGCAUAGGUUUCAUGCCAACUUCUCGCGCCUAAUCUUUGCAUUCUCAUUGUAAAUCUGACUGCUAUUAUGAUGAGUUGUGAGCGUUGUAUUUUGUGUUGAGA